AGGAACGAGUACAAGUACUUCCAGAGAAUGACUAGCACAUCCCAUGUGGAAGGUAAACAGAAUGCACUGAUAAUGGGUAAAAAAACGUGGUUCUCCAUUCCUGAGAAGAAUCGUCCUUUAAAAGACAGGAUUAAUAUAGUGCUCAGCAGGGAGCUCAAGGAAGCCCCAAAAGGAGCACAUUACCUUUCCAAAAGUCUGGAUGAUGCCUUAGCUCUUUUGGAUUCACCAGAGUUAAAAAGUAAAGUAGACAUGGUUUGGAUCGUCGGAGGCACUUCAGUUUACAAGGCAGCAAUGGAGAAGCCAAUUAAUCAUCGAUUGUUCAUGACAAGAAUUUUGCAGGAAUUUGAAAGUGACACAUUUUUUCCAGAAAUCGACUAUAAGGACUACAAACUUCUCACAGAGUACCCAGGUGUCCCUGCUGAUAUCCAAGAAGAGAAUGGCAUCCAGUACAAAUUUGAAGUGUAUGAAAAAGCUGUCUUGGCACAAUAAAUGAGGGUUUCUGUACUUCUGUGCAAGGGCAGGCAUUUUAAAUCAUAAAGCCUUAUUAAGUGCAAAUUAUAUUAAAUA